AUGCCUAAACAAGAAGCUCCUCAAUCAAUGUAUCCCAAGGUGAUCGUCAAAGAACAAGUCCAUGAUCAUGUUGAAUCGCUUGAAGGUCUCCGUUAUCUUGUUCGUUUUGGAGUAGAAAACGUAGCCCCUGAUGAAUCUUAUGCAAAAGCCAGGCAAAUUUGUGUGUCAAAUUUGGCAAUGCGAACUCUUCCCAACGCAAAAGGGUCGGGGAAGAUAGAGAAUCGUGAAAUUAAGGACGUUGAUCAUGCAGUUCAACGUCCUCGAGCAGUAUUAUCUAGUCCCGAUAAUGACUAUUUGAUUGGGAAGAUGAACGAGAAGGCAUUCAAACGGGUUUCUACUCCAAAACCACAUGCUUCUGGGAAAGUUAAUUUGGUUUGUGUUGACGUUGGGAAGGCACGUGGUACAAACCCAACCUUUGGUGUACAAAAUCGUCCCAAGAUAAAAGACCACAAUAGACCGUCAAUUUUAAAAGAUAAAACAUGUAUAACAAAACUAAAAUCAUAA